AUGGCGGUGAACCUGAGCCGGAACGGGCCGGCGCUGCAGGAGGCCUACGUGCGAGUGGUCGCUGAGAAGUCACCGACUGACUGGGCUCUCUUUACUUACGAAGGCAACAGCAAUGACAUACGUGUGGUUGGCACUGGAGAGGGGGGCCUGGAGGAGCUGGUGGAGGAACUAAACAGUGGGAAGGUGAUGUAUGCCUUCUGUAGGGUGAAGGACCCCAACUCCGGCUUGCCCAAGUUUGUCCUCAUCAACUGGACUGGUGAGGGCGUGAACGACGUGCGGAAAGGAGUGUGUGCCAAUCACGUCAGCACCAUGGCCAGCUUCCUGAAGGGAGCCCAUGUGACCAUCAAUGCCCGGGCUGAGGAAGACGUGGAGCCUGAGUCCAUCAUGCAGAAGGUUGCCAAGGCUUCAGGGGCAAACUACAACUUCCACAAGGAAAGUAGCCGUUUCCAGGAUAUGGGACCCCAAGCCCCUGUGGGCUCUGUGUACCAAAAGACCAAUGCUGUGUCAGAGAUCAAAAGGGUUGGCAAAGACAGCUUUUGGGCCAAAGCAGAGAAGGAUGAGGAGAACCGCAGGUUGGAGGAGAAGCAGCGGGCAGAGGAAGAGCGUCAGCGGCUGGAGCAGGAACGCCAGGAGCGGGAACGGCAUGAGGCUGCCCGCCGUGAGCAGUGUUACCAGGAGCAGGACCAUGAGUCAAACUUUAGGAGGAAGCCUGAACAGCAGCAAGAAGUAGUUUCAGGGACAAGGGGGGACCAGUCUACCUGUCAGCAGCCCACACACCCACGGGACAUCUUCAAGCAGAAGGAGAAGGCCAUGUCUACCACCUCCAUCCCCAGCACCCAGCCAGGCAAACUGAAGAGUCCCUUCCUGCAGAAGCAGCUCACCCAACUGGAGAACCCCCUCACCCGGGAGCCCAUUCCUGCCUCAGUGAAGCCCAGGACAGAUUUCUUCAAGGAUCCAGUGCCCAUUGUUCCUCAGUCUCCAGUGCAGGUGGAAGGGGAGGCCGUCUACAAGGAGCUUGUGGAGGAGGAGAAUCUCUAUGAAGAGCCUCCACUGGUUGAGCAAGAAGAUGCUGGCUCUGAACACAACACCCACUACGAGCAGGGGCCAGGGCUCCUUGGGAAGGGGCUUUGUGCCCGGGCCCUGUAUGACUACCAGGCAGCUGAUGAUACAGAGAUCUCCUUUGACCCUGAGAACCUCAUCACAGGCAUCGAGGUGAUCGAUGAGGGAUGGUGGCGUGGCUACGGGCCAGAUGGCCACUUCGGCAUGUUUCCUGCCAACUAUGUGGAGCUCAUCGAGUGA